AUGGCGGAUAUAGGUGAUUUGGCAAGUGAGUUGGUUGGAGAAGUCAUUUCUUCAGGAGAUCCCCUCUCGGCCGCGGUCAAACUACUUAUUAAGGGAGGAAUAACGAUUGCCAUAUUUUACCUCGACCGUCGAGCGUGUCAGCAGUUCCUUGAAGAGAUCCAGACGCUUUUUGUCCGGCUGACCAAGCUCCAGUAUCUUGCACCACUGAUACCUGCCUCACAGCAGGAGGCCAGAACGGCUCGCAUGGGAUGGAUGAUGACUCCGGCCGGGGUGGAGAGUUUGUUUAUGAGCGUAUAUACUGACAUCAGCAAUGCGCGAGAGCGCUUUGGACACUCAGCCGAACGACUCAAGUCAUUCGGACUGCAGGAACCGGUCGUGGUGAAUCUCAAUUCUCCCUCAAAAGGUUCUGAGAUCCGCAAGCGCCUAGGGGCAACCUGGCCGCCACAGUACCGCAAAUGGAUAUUGCAGCGCGUUAAUCCAUUUCAAUUCAUGCCGACAAUUGCGAAGAAAGAUCUAGGUCGAUUUGCUCUGGGUAUGGUUCGCAAAUCGGUGCGAUCGCCGGCACAUCCCGAUCUUCUGCUCGCACGCACCCUCGGACUAGCGCAGUUCUGUGGCCUUGAGGAAGUAAGUCUUGCAGAUUUGAUUGAGCUAAUGGCACAUGCAUGUCACUACGAAAGGGUAGCGAGACGAUAUAUUGCUGCCGUGUUCGGAGUACACUAUACCGUUUUCACAGGGUAUGCGCUAGCAAGCAGCUUGGAUGGGAAGCUACUUGGAAGUCUGGAAAACCCAAUCGACAACUUUGCUAAAAUAGCAGAAGGAUUCACUGGCUCUUUGACGCAAAUCGGAGCUGUGGAAUCCGGUAAACCCCGAAUUAUCGGGGCUACGGAUAUGCCAAACAUCAAGUUCAAGAUCGAUAGCGGAGUAGGGCCAAAGCAAGGCGAGCCUAUUUACAUGAUAUCUGGUUGGGCUGAAGUACUUCGUCAUCGACCGAAGAAUCACCCGCAUGUCCGCUCAAUGGCCAAAGACCUCACUGUGGGACUGGCAAAAGAUGUAGGUAAAGCCUUCGUUCCUGCGCCACUGCUGCGAAAGAUGAGCAAUCUGGGACGGAAUGUCUUGGCACGAGAUGUGCACGGAAACAACCUGUAUUUUUCUGCCGAGCUAGAGACGAUCACUGUCAGUAUCAAAAGGACCCCAGGAGGCCGACUAGUUGGGAAAGUUUCGCAGUUUGGCGACUUUCGACCAUCGCCUUUUGGUGGACAGGGGGUGUUUGGCGUGAGAUGUGGAUGCAAUAAACCGGAGCCUGGAAAGAUCAUACAGGGUUCCAAACUCAAUGGAUGUCCGCUGAUGAGCGUUCACAAAUAUAGAGCGGGUGAGAAGCUGUUUAUAGGGUAUGAUGGGACGGUCUUUCACUGGACGGCUGGAGAUUUGCCCAUGAUUCUCUCCUGGGCAGACAGUCACGUUACUGGAACAUAUAUCCAGGUAGCUGAAGAGUGUGUAUAUUGUGCUACAAGUCGAGCAUUGGGCACGGGUUGUAAUCUAAUCAUAGCAGGAGGAUGGUGA